AUGGAGAGUAAAGUGACCGAACUCAGGGGACAGAACGGAUCGCUGGAAGAAGUUGUACUCGAAAGUGGAAUGGUUCUUCCAGCAGACAUCUGCGUAGUUGGAAUUGGAGUGGUACCUGCGACUGAUUUCCUUAACAUGAGUGGCAUAAAAACUGAUUUGAACGGCGCAGUUGUUGUCAAUAAGAACAUGCAGACAAGUAAUCCUAGAGUGUUUGCAGCUGGGGACAUUACUUCAUUUCCACUACCAUUGAAAAAUAAUGAAAAUGUGACUAUUCGCCAUUGGCAAAUAGCUCAUUCACAAGGUCAUGUGGCUGCAUUGAACAUGCUAAAGAAAAAGGCUGCCUUUAAUUCUGUGCCAUACUUCUGGUCAACUGUUUCAAAAAACAGCAUUCGAUAUGCAGGAUAUGGAGUGGGCUUUGAAGAUGUCAUAAUUCAUGGCAAUCUUGAUGAAAUGACAUUUGUCGUAUUCUUUAUCAAAGAAGAUAAGGUUAUUGCAGUUUGCAGUCUGAACUAUGACCCUGUGGUUUCCCAAGUAGCUGAAGUGCUGGCCUCAGGAAAGACUAUAUCGAGGCAGGAAGCUAGCUCUGAGGAUAUGCCAUGGGUUAAAAAGAUCUGUUAGAUUUCUCCACGCUUCAAGCAAUUUUUUUUUUAAAUCAUGGUUUGAAGCAAGUUUCCCAAAACUUAACUGAUGGUUCUAUUCGUUUUACUAACCUUUUAUUACAAAACAUUUUAUAUAAACUGGGAGAAUACAAUAAUUAAUUUCUACAAUCUACAACUAACUUAGAUUAGCAUAGCUAUAGCUACUGUUUCUCUAAUUUUUUAUCCUGCUUAAUAAACUGAAAUGUAUAGAAUUAUCAUCAUGUGUUUUAUAGGUAUUCUGCUGAUUUGUAGUCUUAAUCCUGAAAUUGAUAAAUGGCUGUGGCACAGCUGCUGGGAAUUUGAAUGCAUAAUUAGUCCACUGGUUGGCUGUACAUGACAGAUAAUGAGCACGUUAUGGCAUAAUGUUCCAAUGAACUGAGUUUUUGAGAGGGAUAGUGGAGGAAGCCUUGGAUCUGUAUUGAUGUUGGAAAAUAUACACUGUAACAUGCAAGCUAUAUCUGUUGCAGUGUUACACAAUCAAGUCUUAUGAACAUAUUUUAAAAAUGUAAAGUGAUCUGUGCACUGUUACUCCAUCUCUCUGCACACAUGAUUUUGUGUUUUUAAAUUUAAAUCAGAAACUAAGAAUAACCAACAGACAUGGAAGAACAUUAUGACCCCUUAUUCUAUUUUUGUCAUGUACAAACAUAGUUCUUCAGUCCUUUAAAAAAACAUCAAGAUCCAUUAAAGAAAUCCCCCAUUUUCAUAUCCUGUUCAAAAUAAUCCUCCCACCUGUUGGUUUCAAGAAAAUGCUCAUCUCACAUGAAAUGUCAGAUCUGCACAAAGCAGUUCUCUGCCAGUCGGAUGAACCUUGGGUGCAUUUUGAUGGAGUAAUUCUAUUUAUCUCAUUAAAAUUAAAACUUUUGAAAUAUCUUUAUUAAAUAGUAGCAAGUAAAUUUGAUUGGAUUUAUUCCUGCUGUUGAUGCAUGCACAUGUACUGUAUCUAAACAUGGAGACUGUAUUUAGUACUCACCGCAUUGCUGCAAUAGUUGUCUUUGGAAUGCUUGUUCUGUAAGUAAUGUAUAAAUACCAAUGGCCAAAACAGACCAAAUAUGAAAGCAACCUCUAAAGUUAACUUCCUUGUUUCUUCUUAUUUGAUGCUGAUCAUUCUUGUUUUGGACUGCCUUGCUUCUGCUGCUGGAGAACAUUCCUGUUCCAGCAACCUAUUGAAAAAAACAUGACAAGUUUCUUUUUAUUCUGAGCUUCUAAACUAGAACUAUGUAAAAUUGAUAGAGGUUUUAAUUUUGGGUGAAAGAAGCAAACAUAUGCUGAUAGGAUUUAAAAAUCAUGUUCUAAUUUUUAUAUUCACGAUUAAAUCUUAUGCUGUUUCUCU